AAACAAGAGAGCAAUGGAAACCCCUGAGAAGCAAAAGAAAGGAGUCAGGUAUGUGUACAAGUUAGGGUCCGGAAGCCCAAUGCUGGAAUCUGACCCACUGACCACAAUAAAGAAGGCUGCAUCACGUAGUUGGGUACUCAGGAAAUCGAAAACCUAUCAGGAAACCGACCCCGGUGGCCGGAAAACGGUGGAGGAUGGAGGACAUAAGGUGAUGGAGGCAAGAAAAUCAGUGUGCAGUGAGGCCAGAAAAUCAGUGUCACACGUGGAGAUGAAUGCGGCGUCGGUGGCUUCAUUUCUUCAGGUGAAGGUUUUGGUUUCAGACAUGCCGGCGUUCAUGCAGGUCCAUGCUUUCCGGUGUGCAAGGAGGACUUAUGAUAGUUUGGAGAAAUUCAGUUCUAAGCACAUGGCUUAUAACAUGAAGAAGGAAUUUGAUAAAGUGUAUGGACCGGCCUGGCAUUGUAUUGUGGGCUCUAGCUUUGGAUCAUUUGUGACCCAUUCAACAGGGUGCUUCCUCUAUUUCUCAAUGGAGAAGUUGUACAUUUUAGUGUUCAAGACAAAAGUUCAAAGAGCUAUGGAAUGAAUUUACCAUUAAAAACAUAUAGAUUUUUUAAUUUGAAUACUAAGCAAGUGUUGUCAUAGUAUCCUUUCAAGUUUUUGUUUUUGUUUUUGCAUUUUGUAUUUUGUUGUCAAUUGAAAGAUUAUGUAUUCUCAAGUUUGUAAAUGACAAAAUCAAAGAGUGGAAUGAAGUGUU